CACACCUGCACGCUCCACACACACACACACCUGCACGCCCCACACACACACACACCUGCACGCCCCACACACACACACACCUGUACGCUCCACACACACACCUGUACCUGCAAGACGACAACGCGAUGGGGGCAAGCGGAGCUCUCUUCGCCUGUUACCUGCUCGCAUCGGUGGCGACACCGCGCGUCGCUCGCGCGGCACCGCGCCCGCCGCCUCGACCGGCACGUGACUCCAGCCCUCACCUGGACAACGGCUGGGGCGGACAGGUGCGGCUGAGGCACCUGUACACGGCCAGCCGGAGCCAGCCGGCCUGGGCGGCUCACCUGCGGCUACGGGAUGACGGCCGCGUGGACGGCGUGGAGCGGCAGAGUGCGCACAGUCUGCUGGAGAUGAAGGCGGUGGCUCGCGGAGUGGUGGUCAUCAGGGGGCUCAAGUCUCGCCGCUACCUCUGCAUGGACCCGAAGGGCAGGCUCUACGGGCAGGUGUCGUUCGACGAGGUGGACUGCACGUUCCGCGAGUCGCUGCUGCCUGACGGCUACAACCUGUACCGUGGCGGCACGCACCACGCCGUGGUGUCGCUCAGCGCGGCCGCUCCACGACACCACCACCACCAACAACAACAACAUCAACAACAACAUCGCCAGCAGCAGCAGCAGCCAAGCCAGGAGCUGCCGAUGGAUCCACAGCAGCAGCAGCAGCACGAGUGGCCACUCGCCCGAGGGCCACCGCCGCCGCCACCACCACCACCCCUGUCCCACUUUCUGCCCGUCGUGAACUCCGUGCCGCUCGAGGACUCCGAAUCCGGAGUCCCGUGGAUGGAGGAGCCCGGUGCCGGCAGUCGCUCGCCAGACGAGGUGGCGCCGAUGACGAGGAAGGGGCACGAGGAGGAGGAGGAUGAGGAGGGUCGCGAGGGCUACGUGGAUCUGCUGGAUCCCCUGGGCAUUCUGUCGUCCCGCACGAGCCGGUGGUCGUGGUGGUGAUUGCGCGCUGGUGCGGGGAGGAGGACGAGGGCUGCUGGUGAACCCGUGGCACCUGCUGGGUCUGACCCGUGACCUUCCCGCUGCCAGCGGGCGUUCGACACUGCACGUGGUCUCAACGUGCACGUGGCCUGGCACGAGAGCCGUGGUGACGUCCCCUGCCACUUAGUGGCGAAUGGCGGUUGUUGUUGUUGGUGGUGGCCACGUAAAAAACUCUCGCUCGUGGAGGCCCAUGAAUGGAACUUUGUUCGGCGAAAACUCAGAGGCUGAGUUGGGGAGAUCCGGUUGGAGUCUGAGUGGUGGAAAUGGGUGUAACCACCUGCGCAGCAGCAGGCGAUGGAUCUCUGUGUGCGGGGGCACAUUCGGACGACGUAGCCACUGGCAGGCGUCACCCUGACUGCCGCACGCGCGCGCGCGUCCGCGUUGCGAGUUCAUGCGCGCGCGUGCGUGACCGAGGAGCGGUGGCGCAGCGGUUAGCGCGCCGUGCCGGUAGGGAGCGACUCACAGGUGGACAAAGGGGCGAGUGCCACCUGGUGGCUCCGCCGCCUUGCGCUCAGCCAGCCCGAGUUCGAUUCGCGGUCACGGCCAACGCCGGUAAAUGAAAUAUCUGAACCUGUUUCUGGGCCCUCUCCACCAUCUCCCUCCGAACACCACCACCACCACUCGGCCUGAGUUGACUUUCACGCGUGCGGCGUGUGAUGAAC